UCGGUGUCGCCACUCCAGUAUCCUGCACUGUGCCCGCAGCAGAUCUGCCUCGUAGUCGUCGGUACAAUAGAACUAGAAAGGAUUCGCUACUGAACUUGGGACGUCGUUUCACCGCAACGUUUUCGACGACAAAGCGUAAACGUCAGGUUUUGCUUACAAAAAUGCCCCCGGCAACACUGUCUCCGGUACUGAAAUUAUGGCGAACGCAAUGAGCGCCUUCGCCUCCGAGGGAUCAACCACCGAUGAGCGGGUUAACAGCACAACGAGCCUUAACGUUUUAUGACCGACCCGAGUACAACAACUGCAAAACACGUUGUUUGUUGUACAGAAAUGCCACACUCGAACGAACUUAUAGAUGUACAACAGUCGGUGGGCGAUGAACUUUAUAAUCUAACCCAAUUGGCUGAAGUCAGCAUCGUUUAUUUUAAAAAUCACGCCAGUUCCGAAAAAACGGAAACAUUUGAAAAAAGAAACGUCGAAAACACACAAACGAAAAAACCGGCAUCUUGUAAAGAACGACAGUGUCCAGACUGCGGCAAGUGUUACAGCACGACCAGUAACUUGGCCAGACACCGUCAGACGCAUCGGUCGCUUGCCGACACCAAAGCCAGACACUGUCCACAUUGCAACAAGGUGUACGUGUCGAUACCGGCGUUCUCCAUGCACAUGAGAACGCACAGUCAAUCUUGCAAGUGCCCUUUCUGCGGUAAAUGUUUCUCAAGACCGUGGCUUCUACAAGGACACAUUAGGACACACACUGGCGAAAAACCUUAUGAAUGUGAAAAGUGUUGUAAAGCAUUCGCUGACAAGUCCAACUUGCGGGCGCAUUUGCAAACACAUUCUUCGGAGAAGCCGCACAUUUGUCAGAAAUGCAGCAAAGCGUUUGCCCUCAAAUCGUAUUUGUACAAGCAUGAAGAGUCGGCUUGCGGAAAAAUGACGUCAAACAAUAACGAUUGAAACAACAUUUUUGUACAUAACCUACUUUUUUUUCUUGUACACUGAAAAUGUAGUUUAAUUUAGACAUUUAGCUGAAAGUACUUGAAUACAAAUUUAUUUGUUAAUAUUUAAAUGCAGUAUUUGGGAUGAAAAUACAAUGUUCGAGCAAAAAUUUCAAGUAUAUUUUAAGAACAAUGGAAAAAAAAGUA